AUGUUUUCCUCUCUGCUGCGACCCAAGCAGAGCAAUCGCAGCCGUCGCGUCGACCGUUUUCACGAUAGGCAAUCGCCUUCCCCUGGCCCGGCCUAUCGCCACUAUGUCGGCGAACCCCCGAGACGCGCAAGCGGAGACUUCACCGAGGGCGAAGAUGACGAAGACGAAGAAGACGAGGAAGAAGACGGCCUAGGCCAGUCUGGGGACGACCCCGAAAACAUAGACGACGAGGAUCAUACCCACCGCUCCAUGCCAGUUCUUCCUCUUUUCUCGGAGACAUAUCUCGUAUCCCAGUUCCUGGUCAAGCCCAUGCAGCAGCAGAUCAGGACCCAGCAGUUCAACCGCGCCACCCUAUACUGUCUCAUGGCUAACUGUCUGCAAUUCAACAAAGAGGGCCAGAUGUACCCGGGCAACGCUGGAAUAAGUUAUACGAGGGCUCUGGUCUGCGAACUCCUCGCCCUCAAGCUCCUAAAGGAGUACAACACCCGCGAGCUCAUUGACGCCCUCUCGUACGACUUCUACCCUCUCCAGGGGCUGCCUGGCGCCCAGCCGGCGAACGCGACCAAGGCAGACCCGAGAAACAAAGCGCGCCUCACCGCGGCACGAACCUCCACCCUCGAAGUGGCUAUUCGCGCCUCCGCCAAGCACUUCCUGGCUCAUCCUUUGGUCGUGCAACAACUCGAGGCCAUCUGGAACGGUGCCAUUAGCUUCUACUCGUCCGCGGACAGUUUGCACCGCGAGCCCCCACCUACGCCCACUGGCAUCAAGCCCGAUUCGAGAACACCGCUGCUGGGCGGACAUCCUCAGAAGGAGGGGCAGCAGCAGUCAGCACCCGGGCGACGGAGUGUCAUUCUCUAUGAUCCCCGGCAGGCGUCCCUGUUCAAGCUGUCGCGUCUCCGCGUGCCGCGCUACAGAUUCUUCCUGUCGACACUGUCGCUCCUUGUUCUCAUCGGCCUGUUCCUUGCGGUUCUCGCUCAGCGUUCAGCCCGCAUUAGCUCGCUGGAGCUGAUAUUUUGGUUUUGGAGUGCCGGGUUCAUGCUGGAUGAGCUGGUCGGUUUCAACGAACAAGGGUUUUCGCUCUACAUCAUGAGCUUCUGGAACGCUUUCGAUCUGGGGAUACUGCUAUUGUUGAUCGUCUACUACUUCAUGCGCGUCUAUGGGGUAUUCCUCGUAGACGCAAAGCACUGGAAUGACUCUGCAUACGAUGUUCUCGCGGCGAAUGCCAUUCUGCUGCUGCCCCGUAUCUUCAGUGUGCUGGAUCAUUACCAGUACUUCUCUCAGCUGCUCAUUGCCUUCCGCUUGAUGGCGGUUGACCUCGCAGCCGUUUGCAUCCUGAUUCUUAUCUCCUGCAGCGGGUUUUUCGUCUUCUUUACCCUUGCUGACAGCAACAACGAUGCGGGCGACAUUGCCUUCAGGAUCUUCCAGAUCUUGAUGGGCUUCACUCCAGCCGCUUGGGAGGUCUGGCCAGGGUACAACUGGCUCGAGAGGGGCCUGAUGGCCUUUUUCUUGAUCAUUUGCCACUUCGUCGUAGUUACCAUCCUCAUUACGGUCUUGACAAACUCUUUCAUGAAGAUUGCCUCCAAUGCUAGGGAGGAGCAUCAGUUUCUCUUCGCUAUCAACACAAUCUCCAUGGUCAAGAACGAUGCCCUGUUCUCAUACGUUGCACCGGGAAACAUCUUUGCGUGGCUCCUCAUGCCCAUGCGAUACUGCAUGCCCCUGAAACAGUUUGUGAAGCUGAACAGAACCAUUAUCAAAGCCACGCACUUCCCUCUCCUGUUCAUCAUCUUCCUGUACGAAAAGUACUGGCUCGCUCCGUCCAUGUACGAACCCACGGACCUGGUCGAAAACCAUCACCAUCACGGAAGGGACAGAACGAUCUCCUUCGCAGACCCCGCGAAUCGAUCUGCUUUAUUCAGCCCCAAUAUCCGGGUCCGCGAAGAAUCGGUCACCGGGUACCAGAAGGACCAUGCUCUUGAGGAGGUCUUUCGGCGAGGUCCCGGUUUUGCUACGCUGCGCAAUCAGCGGCGGAACGAGAGGAAGAAGACCCAGCACGCGGUUCGAAACUGGAUGGACCGGAACGACGAAGCCAGCGCUUCUCCUCACCUUUCCCAGUGGCCGACGCUGGACGGCAGCCAGAGCAUUCGACCAGAUUGGCACAGGAGACUGAGCCUGUCGAGAGAGCUUAGGACGCAACGGUCUCGUCAAAUAUCGGACGUCAGGUCCGCGGCUAGCGACCCAGCAGAUCUCAUCUCGCAGCCGGCCAUCGGCUCUUUCUUCCGGGGCGUAGCCGCGGCCACCAAAGCCAAAGACGAGGAGAAUCAGCAGACGGACGCCGACGGAGAUGACGAACUCGUUACAAACGACGAGGAAGAGGAAGAGGACAUCGCUACCAACGCAGGCGACAGCCGUCGGGGCCCGGUCAUCCAUCAAAAGUCGAUUGAUGACUACUUCAACUCGACGCCUACGACGAAUCGAUUCGCCCCACCCCCAACAUCUUCGUCCCUGGGGUCAAGCGGAAAACCCUCCGUGUCAGCCACUCCUCGCACUGCGCGUCGCAUACCUCACAGCCGGACGAUGUCGACCAACACUAUCCUGUACGCACCGCAGGAGCUGCGACGGCCGGAUAGCUCGUCGUCUCAUUCGCCCGAUCCGCCGCCGACCCGUGCGCGUGUGCAGAACGGUCGUCCUGCGGUGGUUGAACCGGCCCCGGCUAGCGGACACCGCUCUCCGCGCCGACAGACUUACGUGACCAACACGAGACCUCGACCCAUCUUGCCACCUCGAGAUGCAGUGCAAACCGCGCCGAACCGCGCUGCUCUGGUGGGAAUUGACCAGCGAUUGCGUCCAAAUGCUCUCAGACGGUUGUCUUCGGUUGAUAUGAGCGUCCUGUCGGACAACAUCGUACCUGACGACCCGACUGGGGGUAUGCCCUCGAGCUUCCAAACGCAGAUGGCCAUGGCCCUGAUGAAGGAUGCACGACUGGGUGGAGCAGGACGGGGUGCGGAUACUGGAGACAGCAACCGAAUGAGCAAGCUCGUCCUCGCACGGAUGAAGACCCUCGAGGAGAGUUUCGCAGACGUUGCCAGGGAGUUGCGCGAGCUCAAGACCACGUCAAACUCGACCGCCCCCACCACCAGGCGCAACUCUUCAGGCGAAGAGCUGCAAAAAUUCGCAGGCCUGACGAGCCCAGAAGGUCCACGACAGAAGGACGGCGGUGAGAAACCCAAGAUGGUGAGAAGGACGACCGGCAAGCGCCCGGUGAGUCGCAAGAGCAUGUUGGACCCCAAGUCGGAGAGGGCAAGAGGCAAGGGCAAGGAGCCGGCGCACUCGUCGGGUGACGAGUCUGACAGUGAGAGCAUGGCGCCGACGAAACGAAGCUCGAUGUAA